AUGGGAAGACUGGGUCAAAGACCUACAAGACUCAAAUGCGGUUUGGGAUGGACACGGCCACCCAUACUCAUGCAAGAACUUUGCUCCGUCUUGUCCAGCGAGCUUCGGGCGGGCGUCUUCCCGACUCCCAUCCAGGUUUCCGACAUGGUCCGGCUUGGCUACCUCCUGUUGCUACCACAAGAAUUGGCGAUUGGCACGUACUGCAAAGACUUGAUGCGUCUCUGCGACUUCCAGUACCCCAUUGGCCUCAUGCAAGAUUGGGUCAACAAUCCACGGUUCUUCUCUGCCAAAUUCACUGGGUCUUCUCAAGGACUCCUGUGCUGGCAUGUCUUCAUUCCUGAAGCCUUUGCUUGCGAGGCCGACCUGAUCUUGGCUGCAAACUUGGACAUCCGUAAGCCCAGUUGUGCUCCCUUCUAA